CAAAGAAGUCGGGAUAAAACAGACGGAUCCUAUCAAGAGGCAGGGGAAGGCCCAUGUGAGCUGGUCAACGUUGGCGGUGUUGGCUGUAUCGUAAUAGGGGUAGUGAUUCACCAGUAGAGCUAAACCACGGGUUAAAAACCAGCUGACAAGUAGAGAUCAUGGCCUUGAAAGAGAUUUCUAGCAAUAAAUGCUUUGGUGGUUUUCAGAAAGUGUUUGAACAUGACAGCGCAGAGCUGAAAUGCAAAAUGAAAUUUGGGAUUUAUUUGCCACCCAAGGCAAAAAUUGAGAAGUGCCCCGUGUUGUACUGGCUCUCGGGGUUAACAUGCACAGAACAAAAUUUUAUAACUAAAGCAGGUUUCCAUCAAGCUGCUGCUGAACAUGGCCUUGUUGUAGUUGCUCCAGAUACCAGCCCACGUGGAUGCAAUAUUAAAGGAGAAGAUGACAGCUGGGAUUUUGGCACAGGAGCUGGUUUUUAUGUAGAUGCCACUGAAGAAUUGUGGAAAACGAAUUAUCGCAUGUACUCUUACGUAAAUGAUGAGUUGCCUAAAGUGAUAAAUGCCAAUUUUCCAGCUGACUCUGGAAGAAUGUCUAUUUCAGGCCAUUCAAUGGGGGGCCAUGGUGCUCUGAUCCUUGCACUGAAGAAUCCUGGAAAAUACAAAUCUGUUUCAGCCUUUGCACCGAUCUGCAACCCAAUUCAGUGUCCAUGGGGGAAAAAAGCUUUUGGUGGAUACCUAGGAUCAAAUGUAACUGAAUGGGAGGCAUACGAUGCUACACAUAUUGCAAAGUCCUACCAAGGUUCCCCUUUGGACCUUCUAAUUGAUCAAGGCAAAGAUGACCAGUUCCUUUCAGCAGGGCAAUUGCUGCCUGAUAAUUUCAUUGCUGCCUGCACAGAGCGUAAAAUCCCAGUGGUUUUCAGAAUGCAGCAGGGCUAUGAUCACAGUUAUUAUUUUAUAGCAACAUUCAUUAAUGACCAUAUCAGGCACCAUGCAAAACACCUCAAUGCUUGACUUGGGCAUCUCCUGACAGUACAAAACAAUUGGAAGACAUCAGUGGAAACCAACAACAAAAAAUUAUGUCUGUAAUUCAUGUAUUGGAAUGAGGUCCUGAUUUUAUGUCUUGGAAUAAACAUUUUGAUUUCAAUUUUAAUGAA